UGAUUAACUAGGAACAGUGAUUUAACAGUCGACUAUAAUCGGAUGCUUUCAUUUUCAUAUCUAAAAUGUAUUCAUACCAAAUAUAUAUACUUUCAUGCUUUCUAUUAUUAAAUGUUUUAAUAACAACAAUAGGUGUAUAUGUAUUACAUUCGUACUUAUCAACAAAAGUGAUUGUUUGCAGACUACAUUUUAUUUAAUUUGUUUUCUUUGUUUUAGUCAAUUUAACCGUGAAAAUUAUGAAGAAAUUGACCCGGAUUACGCUGAAUUCCUUGAGAAAAAUGGUGAAGAUUAUUAUGAUAGAUUGGAAGAUUCCAGACUUGGAGUUCAAAUUCAAAAUGCACCUAACACCUACGCAGUAAGUUUUAUUCCAUUGGGAUUUGCAGAUCAUGAAAUUCCCGAUGUACAUAUCUUUGAAUUCACUCUUAACCAUUUCAACCAUUUCAGCAAAACACAAAUUACUUUGCCAAAUGAAUUGUCAAAAUAUGUUCGUGAUUUGAAUUUGCAAACCCUAAUUCUUGAAGUACCAGGAACAAACACUUCAAAGGUCCAUUUAAGGUAUCCAACCAAUCCUUCUGAAAAUGUCCACAUUGUUGGAGGAUGGAAAAACUUUUGCUUUGACAAUGGAAUUCAAUUCGGUGAUAGGCUUCGAAUUGAGUUCAAACAUGUUUAUCCAAAUGUUGGUAAAGUUUAUAAGGUUACAACUUAAUUGGAUACAUAUAUGUGAGAUCCAUAUGUAACCUACCUAAAUGUUUGAUUUUUGGUUUCAAGUUUUCCUUCAAAUUGUAAUAGACAUUGACAAGAA